CUAUAGUCUUAGCUUCUUGUGUAUUGUUGAAUUCUUAGUUCAACCCUCUUUCCUUUCUCUCUCUAUUUCUCUCUCUCUCUCUCUCUCUCUCUCUCUCUCUCUCUAUCUUUCUUUCUCAUUGGAAAUCCCAAUAUCAUUCUUCACUCAACCAUUGAAGCACAUUGUUAUUAUUAUUACAUUAUUAUGGACUCAAUGUUGGUUCCUCCAUGGCUAGAGAGAUUGCUACAAACACCAUUUUUCAAUGUAUGUAGGAUUCAUGGAGAUGCAGCUAGGAGUGAGUGUAACAUGUUCUGCCUUGACUGCAAUAAUAAUAAUAAUAACAACAAUGGUGAUGCUUUUUGCUUCUAUUGCCGCUCUUCAAGGCACAAGGAUCAUCAAGUAAUUCAGAUAAGAAGAUCUUCAUACCAUGAUGUUGUAAGAGUGGUUGAAAUUCAGAAAGUGUUGGACAUAAGUGGAGUUCAAACAUAUGUAAUCAAUAGUGCUAGAGUUCUGUUCUUGAAUGAGAGGCCACAACCCAAAUCUGGAAAAGGGGUUCCUCACAUUUGUGAGAUUUGUGGAAGAAGCCUUUUGGACCCUUUUCGUUUCUGUUCUUUGGGAUGUAAGCUUGUGGGAAUAAAGAGGAAUGGGGAUGCAAGCUUUGUUUUGGAUGAUAAGAUCAAUGAAGCAUUAGCAAUGGAGGGAAUAUCAUCAAGAAGAUCAUCAAUGUCUUCAAGGAAUCAUCAUCAAGAAGAAGAAGAAUUGGGUGAAGGAUCACCACAAAAUAUUUACACUCCUCCACCUCCUUCAAACACAAGAAGAAGAAAAGGCAUUCCUCAUAGGGCUCCUUUUGGUUCCUAGUCAUUAUUCUUCUCCCUUUUUUUUUAAUCUUCAAAAAUUGGUACAUAAUUCAAUAUUCAACACCCCAUCAAUUAUUUUUCUUCUUCAUGUUAAUUAUUUGUAUAUUAAAAGUGAAUAUUAAGAAUAAACAGCAUAAAUGCA